GCCCACUGCGGCUCACUCUGCUUCCCCCCGAUACCUUCUCCCUCCGACUUUUCCUUCCCUUCCCUUCCCUUCCCCGCACGACGAGUGACGACGACAAUCCCCCCAACCCCACGCCGCGGAGCCGCACCAAAUCUCACCCGCAUCGUCUAGGCUCUCCGCUCGUUUCGUUGGGGGAAAUCGGUUGUUUUCGUCCGGCCGUGCGUGGGUUCGUGAAGCGUCUGGGCUGUCGGCUAUUCCCCCCGAGGUUUUCAGGUUUAAAAAAUCGCCGUCGUUUGUUCCUCACGCGGCUGCGAAACUUCAGCCGGUGGUGGAAGUUUCGUGCCUCGGCGUGGCCCCCGUGCUCCGAUUCCUGAUCACCUGCGCGCACCAUAUGAGCGUGGGGCGCGCGGGCUGGGGCUCCCGCUGCUUGGGCACGCGCGCGCGGUGCCCGUGUUAAUGCCUCGGCUGUCCUGCAAGUUCGCGGACCCCGACAGCGCCGUUUCCUCCACGCCGCCGGCGGUGCGCCGCGUGCGUCCAGACACGAUGAGCUGCGGCAGCGACGGGUGCCGUGACGGCGGCAGCAGCGGCAGCGAGGAGUUCAGGCGGCCGCGGCCCAGCAAGGUCGCCGCUGAUGAUUCGGUGGCGCCCGCACGGAGCUCGGAUGCCGCGGCGCCGGCGUCCUGGAUCGACAGGAAGCUGCUUGUCGAUCCCAAGAUGCUGUUCGUUGGGGACAAGAUUGGGGAGGGAGCUCAUGGCAAGGUCUACAAGGGGAAGUAUGGUGAUCAAAUUGUAGCGAUAAAGGUUCUUAACCGUGGCAGUACCCCUGAAGAAAAAGCAACACUCGAAGCCCGUUUCAUUCGAGAAGUAAAUAUGAUGUGUAAAGUGAAACAUGAGAAUCUUGUCAAGUUCAUUGGAGCUUGCAAGGAACCAUUGAUGGUGAUUGUUAGUGAGCUAUUACCAGGGAUGUCACUGAAAAGUUACCUGCACAGCAUUCGGCCUAGCCAACUAGAUACACACACUGCAAUCAGCUAUGCACUGGACAUAGCUCAUGCAAUGGACUGUUUACAUGCCAAUGGCAUAAUACAUAGAGACCUGAAGCCUGAUAAUUUAUUGCUUACAGCAAAUCGUAAGAAACUGAAACUUACUGAUUUUGGACUUGCACGUGAAGAAACUGUGACUGAAAUGAUGACGGCUGAAACAGGGACUUACCGAUGGAUGGCCCCAGAGCUAUACAGCACAGUCACACUUCGACGUGGUGAGAAAAAGCAUUACACAAAUAAAGUGGAUGUGUACAGCUUUGGCAUUGUUUUGUGGGAAUUGUUGACCAAUAGAAUGCCAUUUGAAGGCAUGUCAAAUCUACAAGCUGCAUAUGCUGCUGCUUUUCAGCAAAAGCGCCCAGCUCUCCCUGAGGAGACCCCCCAGGAGCUUGUGUUCAUAGUACAAUCAUGCUGGGUCGAGGAUCCUGCGAUGCGACCCAGUUUCAGCCAGAUCAUCCGAAUGCUUGAAACUUUCCUGAUGACAAUACCUCCACCUCCGAUUUCAGAACCAAACGAAGAUGAGGAAUCGGAGGAAACAAGGUCGUCACUGAGCAGUAGGAGCUCCUCUGGCUCCUCGCUCGUUUCUCGCGCAACAAGCAAGCUCUCGGUCGUCCGCCACCUCUUCGCCUCAAAGAAGACAGGCAAUGGGAAGGCGUGAUGCGCCAUGCCCUGAGACGUUUUCCUUCGGUGCUGUAAAGAUGCUAGCCUAGGUGAUGCGUAAUACAAGAGGGAACUUGUUCAGUGUAGAGUAGCUGUUGUAUUGAUGAUACAAAAGGAAAGUUGAAGCGCAACUUUUGCAAGCUAUGUAUAGCUCGCAGCUGCUUUACUGGAAUCUGUCCAUGCUUGCCUUCGAGCAUC